CGCCAGUAUAAGCAUAUAGCGCACUACUGGAGCCGGAUGCUUGUAGCCGAACAUGCCCCUCGGAUCAUACCGCGGGUCGACUCGAGCCACAACGACAUCGGCAAUCGAGAAUCACCAUCAUCAAUCGAAGACAACUUCUGACAGCAACCACAAGCUUGAACUAGCCACUCUCGAUCACCGCCCUCACACCACCAUCUAAAAUGAGUUCCUGGCGUGCACACUUCGGCUUUAACAAGUACCUCGGGAUCACAUCUCGGGCUACUCAGAAAGCCUUGAAGGAAGAAUACAAGGUGAAAAUCGCAGGAAGGUCUGACACUAACUUACGAUACCAAAACUGGGAAGCUGGUAAAGCCGGAGAACAGACCUGGGUCAAAGCACAAGAAGAGCACGAUGGCAAGACAAACUGAAGAAGGAUCGGUCUGAACCGUUUCAUGCAACUGGUGAUCAAUCAUUCUGGACUCUCCAUCAGUAGAUCGUACACGAUGUUCCCAUCAGUCCCGAAGUCCUCUUCAGAAAGCCCAGUUGUAAUGAAAUGAAUUCAAGCCAUCGAUCCUCAUUUGGCCUCGGAUCUUCUCUCUCAGAUAACUUGAUAGAUUGUCAUUAAAAUGAAGUAUUUACUUGAUAUACAUUCAACAGUAAGCCCUGAUCGCAGUCAAAAAAAAAGGAUCACCGAAUGUUGUCAAGCACUUCAACCCACAUAUACUCUAGGCCUGUGACGUAGAGGAAAAAAAAACCCAUUUGGUUUGGGCAGACAGGAAACA